GUGUACUAAUAGCACCAUGGCCUUAUCGCUCAUCAGAUCUGUUACCAUAGAAACAGACCAAACACAGCGGGAACAAUGGCAUUCCUGGCAUCACCCUUCGAAGACAAAAGACUUGUUUGCACAGAAAAUGGUAUCCCAAUCCUUGGUGAUGCAAAUAAAAGCACAAUCAUCUAUCUUGCGGUUUCUCGCUGCAGGGGCAGUUAUAUCUUUGGUAACAAUCACAGCCCUUGUUUUCGGCCUCAGACGAUCCAGCACCGGGUACAACGUCAUCAAAACCGAUCCGUCCCAACAGAAGGGCGCCUUUUCGCACACGUAUUGUUCAUCGUCGUCUGCUGGAUCAACCGGGUCACAAUGGAGCAACGGAAGUUGGGAGUUCGUUGUUGAGCGUGACGGAGAUAACUACGGGCUCUCCGAGGAGCAGUGCCGGACUGCAUUCCCGAAAUUGUUUGUCGAGAUUGAGAAGUCUGUAUUUGCGAGAAGAGAGAAGCCGAUUAGCUAUAAAGAGCUGGAUGAAGUGCGUGUGGACGAAGGAAUGGUGAGGGCAUUUGUCCAUCAUGGCGAGCUAUACAUUGUUGACUUCCAGAAAAUGCCCGCGACAUAUUCAAGGGCUAGAGCGACAUUGAAUUCCCUCCACAGAGCACUUACGUCGUUCCCGGACCGGUCGAGUCUCCCUAGCAUCGAGUUUGUCUUCACCACGGAGGACUUUGCUGGCGAUCAACAGGGACCGAUCUGGGCCUACUCAAAACGAGACCAGGAUGAGCAUAUUUGGAUGAUGCCAGAUUUUGGCUACUGGUCCUGGCCUGAGGUAAAGAUUGGCCCCUACAAAGACAUCCGCCGCCGGAUAGCCGCCGUCGACGAUGGCAGCUCGUUUAACGACAAAAAGAAACAGCUCGUCUGGCGUGGCAGCCUAGCGACGAACCCAGAACUACGAAGCAAGUUUCUUAAAUCCACCUUGGGUCGAAGUUGGACCUCUGUCCGCGUCAUAGACUGGGACGACGAAAACGAUUUACGCUUCAACCUGCUCCCCAUGGAGGAACAUUGCCGCUACAUGUUUCUCGCGCAUACGGAAGGCCGCAGCUUUUCUGGCCGCGGCAAGUAUCUAUUCAACUGCCGAAGCGUCGUGAUUUCGCAUACGCUCGUCUGGCGCGAGGUGCACCACGCUGCUCUCAUUUCCUCCGGUCCGGAUGCGAACUACGUUGAAGUCCAGCGGGACUUUUCUGAUCUCGAACGGAAAAUCGAAUAUCUCAUUGACCACCCAGAGACAGCAGAAAGGAUCGCGAACAAUGCCAUCCGCACGUUUCGGGACCGGUAUCUGACUCCGGCUGCGGAGUCAUGUUACUGGCGCCAAUUGAUCAGAGGAUAUGCUUCUGUUUGUGCAUUCGAGCCGUCUAUCUAUACGCAGCAACGUGGCAGUGGACAAAGUAUACCGAGAGGCGUCCCUUUUGAGACAUGGGUUCUUCAGAACUAGGCGUUCUUUCCUCGGUUUUCUCUUUCUUUUAUGUGACAUGUAUAGUGGACUUACCUUUACGACCUGGAGUUUUGGGAUUGGUUUUGGAUAUUUGGCAUUACAUGAGUUUUAGUGGGUUGUGCAGACAUUUUCUAUAUGUUUAGUUUAUGAAUUAUAUAUACCAUAUAUAUGAAUAUCAUUACCUCUCGGCUAAAAAGUCUCCAAGAAGUUUCCUCAAUUCCAUCUCACCGUCUCUGUUGCAAUACCGACUCGGACUUGUCAAAAAAAAAAAAAAAAAAAAAAAAGGCACGCGUACUUAUUCUGUAGGAGUAUCGAAACUCAACACCAUACUUGCUAUUUUGUUCCUACCUUGAAAGCAGACCGCUAAACAUACCUCGAUCGAAUCCGGACGAACUACAAGAGAUGAAAGACGCUAAGGAAAACCUGCUCUCCAGGCGCCAGGGGUCUCUACAGGCUUUAUAAAACCAAGAGAGGUGUGAAGAUGGUAGUUUCAUCUAGGUUUCUUCUAUUAU